UAAAGACCUUAAGCUUUAGGGUUUCAAGCACCUUUAUAAAGCCGUAUGUAAAUUUUCACCUCCAUUUCUCUCUUCGUGCCUUAGCUUCUAACACCGCCGGUUGUAAUCACAGAGGAGGCGACAACAUGGUGCACGUUUGCUACUACCGCAACUAUGGAAAAACAUUCAAGGGCCCACGUCGUCCUUUCGAGAAGGAGCGUCUCGACUCCGAGCUGAAGCUAGUUGGUGAGUACGGUCUCCGUAACAAGCGUGAGCUCUGGAGAGUGCAGUACUCUCUUAGCCGUAUCCGUAACGCGGCUAGAGAUCUUCUGACUCUCGACGAGAAGAAUCCCAAGAGGAUCUUCGAAGGUGAGGCACUCCUCCGUAAGAUGAACCGUUACGGUCUUCUUGAUGAGAGCCAGAACAAGCUCGAUUACGUCUUGGCGUUGACCGUUGAGAAUUUCCUUGAGCGUAGGCUUCAGACCAUUGUGUUCAAGUCUGGUAUGGCUAAGUCUAUCCAUCACUCCCGUGUCCUCAUCAGGCAGAGGCAUAUCAGGGUUGGGAAGCAGUUGGUGAACAUUCCUUCAUUCAUGGUGAGACUUGACUCACAGAAGCAUAUCGACUUUGCUCUGACCAGUCCCUUCGGUGGUGGACGUCCCGGUAGAGUGAAGAGAAGGAAUGAGAAGUCUGCUUCCAAGAAAGCCUCUGGUGGUGAUGCAGACGGUGAUGACGAAGAGUAAAUCCAACUCUCACCUGUUUUAGCUAUUAUGAAGCAAUCUGCGUUAUGAUACAAUGUAGUCUGUUCUUUUCCGGUGGAUUGUUUUAUGUUUUUACUUUCGCUCGAAUGUCGAACUUCUGCUUAUUUAUUUGUUACAACUUACAAACAUCAUCCCUUCAAAAGUUUUGUCUUAUAAGUCUC